CUCGCCUAGGAAAUGCAUAACGCACGCGACUGAUGGUACAACAUUUUCCCAAAAGGAAUUUGAUCAUCCACGUUUUCAUUUUCUUGGUGUCUUGUCUUUUAAAAACCGUAUUUGAGAAACACAUUGGUUAUAUGUCAACGAUAGUGUAUACGCUAACAUUAAAUCAUAUACAAAUUGUAAAUCAUAAGUGAAUUCUUAACAAUGCUGGUUGGCUAUAGUAGUAGCUCCGACGAGGAAGUUGAGAAUCCAAGUGAAUUAACAGAUUCGACUGGUAAACGCAGAACAGUGUCCUCUUCAGUGUCCUUUGAAGAGGAUUGUCAUGAUCGAGCUGAGAAUAAAAAAAUGAGAAUCGAACAGCAGGGGCCGAAAACAAGACUGCCUGUCCCCGGAUGUCUGUUGGCCAUGUUUCCAGAGGAAGAGGAGCCAGAUAAUGACACGUCCCUUCAUGAUGGACGUAUCCGUUCCUUUAAGCACGAGAGAGGAAAUUGGGCAACCUAUGUAUAUUUUCCAUACCCCCCAGACGAGGACUUCAUGGAGCUGCUGGAGGAGCUGCUGGAGGUGGCGGGAGCUCGCGGUGUGCUGCUGACCCAGCAGAGGGACUUCCAUCUCAGCGUGUCUCAGACAGUGGUGCUGAAGCACCAUUGGAUCCAGCCCUUCACAGAGAGCCUUAAGGGCGGCCUGACCAGCUGCAAAAGGUUUGUUUGCUCUGCAGGAUCGCUCAGGGUCUACAGUAACGCUGAGAGAACCAGGACGUUUUUGGGAAUGGAAGUGUCUGCUGGACAUGCUCAGUUGGCAGAGAUUAUGAAAAUGGUGGACAAAACUAUGAUAGAAUUUCGCCUUGACACAUUCUAUAAGGAUCCCUCGUUUCACGUGAGUCUAGCCUGGUGCGUCGGGGACUUCACAGCCCAGCUGAAAGAAUGCCUUAAGGAAUUACAGGGUCUGGUUGACCACCAUGAGGAGGGGGCGUUCCUGCUGACGUUGGACUGUCAGGAGCUGCGCUGCAGGGCAGGAAACAAGACCUGUAGCUUUCCUCUGCAGUCCUGAAAAACCAGAUCUUUUAAAAGUGGAGCUGUAAAACACCAGCGGUACGACGAACAGAGUUGAGCCGAGGACAAAGCUCCCGGAUGAAACCAAGCGGGGAUGGUUACAAAUGGAAAUGGAAAGAUAACAAUGUCGCGGGACAUUUGUUAAAAGGCUCUGGACUUCUUCGACAGACAUUAGCGUAGCGCUGUGAAGACAUUGGUUGUUCUAGUGGCCCCUAAAAAAUUAGUAAUGUGGAUAUCGAAAAAUAUGAAUUUAUAAUGGACAGAUACCUGCCCAUUAUCAAUGAAAUCCUCAUAUAUUUUUAUCACAUCACAUGUAUGCAUCCCAGCCAAAUGCAAUAUCAUCACAGAAGUCCGGAAAGCCACGUUUUAAAUGUUGACAUGUCAAUGAAACACAUGAUAUAUUUUUAGAAGAUGUAAAUAAAGAUUUAAGAUUCAGUAAAUGUUUAAUUUAGAAUCUGUAUAGAAGCCACAAGUAUCACUACUUAUUUGGAGGUGCACAAUGUGUUAAUAUAAACUUCUGUGACCGCUAAUGCAAAAUGUACAAACAUUGAAUUUUGAAAAGUACACAGUGGUGAUUGAUUAUAGUACAUAAACAUCAUGGCAACCAAUGGGCUACAAGUUCUCAAUUGCUCGCCGCCACAAUAACUCAUACAUCAUUAGUCCACGAGCAGUAUGCUUCUGUGAUAUUUGGCUUGGUGUUUUUGGUGUACCGGUUGAGCACAUAGUCU